CAUGUUUGUUUACAAGCGGUUGAAGCUGCGCUAGCGUCUCUGUUAGCUCAAGUUAACUCCACGUUCUUUCUUCAGAAAACGUUACAGGCUUUGAUUCACUGUCUGCGACCAUAACCGUUCCAUCAUGGGGAAGUCGUUUGCCAAUUUCAUGUGCAAGAAGGAUUUCCACCCUGCAUCGAAGUCAAAUAUCAAGAAGGUAUGGAUAGCAGAGCAGAAAAUAACUUUCGACCAGAAAAAGCAAGAAGAUCUUAUGCAGGCGUACCUGAAAGAGCAGGACGUGUACGACAACAGGGUGUUGAUGGGUGAUGAUCGUGUUAAAAAUGGCCUAAAUUUCAUGUAUGAAGCUCCACCUGGAGCAUCCAAAGAGGAAACAAAAGAGGACGGAGAACAGGAGUAUAAAUUUGAGUGGCAGAAGGGUGCUCCUCGAGAGAAAUAUGCAAAGGAUGACAUGACUAUUAGAGAUCAGCCGUUUGGAAUCCAGGUGCGCAAUGUGAGAUGCAUCAAAUGUCACAAAUGGGGCCACGUGAACACAGACAGAGAGUGUCCUCUGUAUGGACUGUCUGGUAUCAGCGCCACUUCUGUGGCCACAGAGGAGGUAGCAGGUCCGUCGAUGCACCCCUCAGAGUUAAUGGCGGAGAUGCGAAACAGUGGGUUUGCCCUGAAGAAAUGUGUCCUUGAUAGGAAUUCUACGUUUUGUGAUCCAUCACAGGAUUAUGUUGCCAGUGAUGAAGAGGAUGAUCCUGAGGUGGAAUUUCUGAAGUCAUUAUCGUCCAAGGAAAAACAGAAGCUCCUCAGAAAACUUGAUCGUCUGGAUGAGAAGAAAAAGAAAAAGAAGAGCAAAAAGCAGAAGAAGAAAAGCAAAAGAAAGCAAAAGAAAAAGCAUGAAAGUAGCAGUGACUCCUCCAGCAGCAGUGAUAGUGACUCAGAUUCAGACGACCACGGCAAGCUCAAGAGCAAAAAGCAGAAGAAGAAAAGCAAAAGAAAGCAAAAGAAGAAGCAGGAAAGUAGCAGUGACUCCUCCAGCAGCAGUGAUAGUGACUCAGAUUCAGACAGCCACGGCAAGCUCAAGAGCAAAAAGCAGAAGAAGAAAAGCAAAAGAAAGCAAAAGAAGAAGCAGGAAAGUAGCAGUGACUCCUCCAGCAGCAGCAGCAGUGAUAGUGACUCAGAUUCAGACGACCACGGCAAGCUCAAGAGCCAAAAGCGAAAGGAGAACAAGAAAAAGGAUUCCUGUCGGGAGAAGAGCUCCAAGAGUGAGCAACAAGUCAAGAGUGAGAGAAAGGCCUCCUCCUCUCACAGGAGCAGGUCACAGAGCCCUCACGCCGGACAGCCGAGGCCUGAAGAGGAGCCGCAAAAUUACAGACAAACGCGAACAGAGAGGGGAAGGAGUAGGAGUCGAGAUCGCAGCCCGGAGAACAAGAUCAAGUCGGAGGGAGGUCAAGAGAGACAGAGGCGCACCAGCGGGGACAGGCAGACGCCCGGCAACUCCAAGUCUGGUUUGGAGGAAAGUCUGAGCCGCGACAGAGGCAGGGAGGAGAGAGGUACAGACAGGCGUCGCAGCGGAGAUGGAGAGAGGAACAGAAGUGGCACAGAUGGAAGGAGAGGCAGAACAGCAGAUGGGAGGAGCAGGAGCAGGGAAGGAGGUAGAGGAAGGGGCGGCAGGGGAAGGAGUAGAAGUAGGAGCAGGGAGAGAAAAGAGAGGAGCCAAGACCGAGAUAAAAGAAAGCGCUGACUGUUGUUUUUAAAUGACUUUUCUUUUCCCCAAAACAAUUACAAUGAACAUGUAAUGUGAAAGAAUUUAGUUUUUUGUUUUUUUUUAUCACUUUAGUAGUAUUGAGAUGUAAGUAAAAGUAAAUCUUCAGGUUUUCAAACAGACUCACUCUAUUGAAAUUCGAAUUGCAGCUAUUGUGAACGAGUCUCGUUUUCCUCCAGUAGAGGGAAGCAGUUGACAGUAAAUAUGUGGAUGCAGCUCAUUGCGCUCUGUGUUGUCUCGCGCCAUAUGAAAGGGUCUAAAUUAACUGAUAACCAUUGGAAGCAAUUUGCAGCCGUGAUCUGUUGAUGGGAACACGUUGGACUCGUUUUCAUGGUCAGUUGGCCACGAGACGGACUAUUUCUGUUGCUGCAGUUUUUAGUCCUCACUUCAUUGUGUCUUUUUUGGGAGGGAAUUAUCGCCACUGUAAAAACGCCUGAAAACCUUUUUUAUUUUUUAUUUUGUGAUUAAAUGUGUAAUCCUCUCA